CGUUUCAAUGUUUUCAGAGCUACAAAAUCAAUAAACUAAAGUCAAAGCUCACUCAAAAAUCUAGUUAGGCCUAUGGCUUGGAAAGUACCUAGAUAUUUUUCAUGCAUGACAUUUAUUUUACAAAUACUUGAUUCAUGUCACUGUCAGAGUGUCAUAGACUCCCAGUUCUGUAAUUUUUUGUUUGCAGUUGACAAAAAGCCAUUAUGUUCCCUUUUUUAUAUCUAGAGAAUGAUAUCCAGCAGUCUUAAUUUCCCUCUCUCGACAACCCAAACUAGAAAAUGCCACCUGCCACUUAUAUAUAAAUGAGAUGAAAAAGCCCAUGAUUGCAGACAAUAUUACCUAUUUCUAUGGCCCUUGCCCAAUUCCUUCAGUGAAUAUUAAGAAAAACAGUACAUUUUUUACUUGCAAUUUUUAAAAAAUACCUGCAAAACAAUCACUUUUACUGUACUUUUUUGGACAUUUUUGCCGGAUGUUCAAUAUUGGUUACCAACUGCCAUAGCAUUCUUACUUGGAAAUUCAUACUUAUUUUUGAAGUUUCCAAUAACCCAAACAAACAAAUAUAUAUUCUGGCUACGGUAUCUAAUAAUUUUUCAAUUCUAAAAACCUCAUAGGUAAGUACAUUAUAUGAUUAUCAUAUUGCAAGUAACAAAUAAAAAUUGAUUUAUCCAACAACAAAAAUGACCACUGCUGCUGUUAAAGAAAAACUAUGGGGCGAGUUUGAAGACAGCAACGAUGAUCCUUGGGGUGACCACAGCUUCGUGUUGAGUGACUAUGAGGAGCUCCUGACUCCACGGUCUUACCCCCCUGGCUCCACUGCUCUUCAUCAGCCGUCUCAACAGCUCACAUCUUCUUUCCAAAUAUUGAGUGGUGAGCUGACACGUUCAGAUGUCACUGUUCAGAACACUAUUCGUCUGCUGCAACACACGCGGCAUGUGGCACAACUCAUCAACAGAGCCCAAAGUCUGGCCAACAGUGGGAGUGACUCGGCCUCGUCGCUGCCUCCAUGUCCCGCCAUGCCCGCCGAGAUGCCCCUCACCCGUGCCCCCCUUGGUGUUCAGCCUCUCAAUUUCCUGCUACCUCAAACCACGGCGUUCACCAGCGGGGAAGAAGGCGGCUUGCAGCUGCAAAUCGAGCACGGGACGGCGCGUAAGAUGCUGCGUCAGGCCGUGGCUCUGGUGCUCGUACAUGCGGGCUUCACCGACUCCUGCGAGACCGUCCUGCGCACCUUGACGGAUCUCAUGCACGACUUCCUCACCAAGCUCACCAAGACCUACAGGACCAACGUUGAUAACUCCAUCCUCAACCUGGGCUACUCGCCUUUCCACGAUGUGCUGGAGCAGACGCUGCAGGAGAUGCACCUUGGUGGCCUGCGUGACCUGCACACGAUGUACAUGGAGCGCGUACAGAAUUACCACAACCUCGUUAAAGCCAACGCACUACAACUCACCAGUCAUUACAGUGCACUUAUUAGUAAGCAGCAACAGCAAAAACAACAACAACAGCAGCAGCCUCAACAUCAAGUUUUAUGGCAGUCAAAUGGCAGCAAGAACGGCUCGGCGACCGCCGUACCGUUCAGCACCGUGCUGCCCACGGCCGGCGGCGGCAGCAUCAACAUCACAAUCGGAGCUUUACCCGGGACAGCUAGCAUCAACUUUCCCAACAUGACUGCCUGCACCUCGGCUGACAGUCCGAGCUCUACUGAAUUCAUUACGGCAGACGCCCCACGCGGAGGUCGGUCGUCGCGGUUCAGCAGCGGCGGGAGGAGCGCCACGCCCACCAGCAGUUCCGGCCUGGUCAACUUGGAACAGGAGAUGAGUCGCCAGUACACUCCUGUAUCUUUACAGAACGACACCGACGGGCGUAACCAGAACUCUCCUCUGUCGGCACAUUUCUCACGCACGCAGCAGAGAUGAAGCAUCCACGUUAUUGCGCCUUGAAAUCUUAUUCCUUUGUGAAUUUCCACUUAAACUAUUAUUCGGGUGGAGGUCUAUAGCAAGUAUUAGGAAUGAAUCUCGUUAUUAUACUAUGAUAUAACGGCUGUUGUAUAAACAAUUUAUAGAUGCACAGCCGAUGACCGUGUAUCUAAAUGAUUUAUAGAUCUAUAUGACUCGUCCAAGGACAUUACAGACUUCAAAGCGUAAAAUAGCAUUAAUAUUUGAUCAAAUCGUCAGAAUUCCUGAACGGAUUCAAGUACUGAAAAACAGCCACAGUAUUUUCCGAUUUUAUUGUGAGUAAUUAUUCGCGCGUAAUUUCCAUGAUGUUACUUGUGAAAAAUCCUAACGUAUGCGUUUCGUAAAAUAAAUUAAAUGUCAUAGUAGAAACAAAUAUUUUAAUUAUCAUUCACGUCCAACACGAGAAACUCAACAAAAUAAACUGGAAUAUCUUUUUUAAAACUCGUA